CCGAAAUUAAAUUGAAAAUUGCAGCCGAGGAAGGCAAUCCCCUCAAGAUUCUCCCUUCUUCUCCUCCGCGGUUACGCUGUUUCGCAGAACCAUCCUUCGAACCCUAAUUUUAUAUUCCCCCAAUUUCCCCCCUCUCCUUCUUCCUCCAUUCAAACCCUAAUUUCUUCUCGCUCUCUCUUCAACUAUGGCGACCAAUCAGCCUCACCUCAAUGGAGCCUACUAUGGGCCUUCUAUUCCUCCUCCUGCCAAGACCUACCACCGCCACGGCCGCGGCGGCGGCUGCGGCUGCGGCUGCUGCGGCUGUCUCGGCUGCCUCUUCAACUGCUGCUGCGGCUGUAUCUUCAAUCUCAUCUGCCAAAUCAUCAUCACCCUUGUGAUUGUCGUCGGCAUUGCUGUGCUCCUCUUGUGGCUGAUUUUCCGUCCCAAUCUCCUCAAAUUCCACGCCACCGACGCCUCCCUCACGCAGUUCAAUUUCACCACUACGAACAAUAACCUCCAUUAUAAUCUCGCCAUCAAUAUCACCGUCAGGAAUCCGAAUCGGAGGAUCGGGAUCUACUACGACGACAUCGAGGCUGAUGCUUACUAUCAAGCGCAGCGGUUCGGUACGGUGAAUUUGAGCCAGUUUUACCAGGGACACAAGAACACCAGUCUGCUGAGUCCUUCGUUUGUUGGACAGAAGAUUGUUCUGCUAGGAACGGAUGGAGUUUCGUCGUUUAAUUCGGAGAAGAGCUCCGGGAUUUACAGCAUCGAUGUGAAGCUUUACUCGCGGAUCAGAUUAAAGUUCGGUUGGGUGAAAUUUGGGCGCUACAAACUGAAGAUCAAAUGUCCAUUGAAGGUGCCUUUGAGAUCGAAUGGUACUUCUUCAAAUGGUGUGUUCGAGACCACCAAGUGCAGCUAUGAUAUGUAAUCCUCAGAACUGAAUUUUCUUGAUUUCCCCCCUUUUUUCAUUCUUUCUGGAUUGAUCUGCUGUGAUUAUUAGUUCUAGGUUCAUAUCUGCUUUUACUGAUAUCUUAUGAAUUCAAAAUUUUUUUAAUUCAAUGGUGAAAUCCAUGUGCUUUCUUUUUCGUAUUGAA